UUGUCGGCCAGGGUUCAGUGUUUGGUGUCGUGGCCUCCACCUUUCCCUAUUUCCAGCAUCGUAGAGGAAGUCAGACCACACACCACACACACCACACCCUCAGCUCCUGCGCACAAUGCACGCCACCUCCAUUUCCAGAACCCCGUAGACACAAAUCAGCCCAUCGCCCGCGACCCCGUGCACUCCCGCCUGCAAGGGCGACAGACCGACCUCCCGCUGCCGUCAUCAAUGUCGGACCCCGGCUCCCUCCUCGAGGGGCUCGUCUGGCCCGCCCUGGACGCCGCCAGGAACGCCCCGCCGCACCUGAUCCUACUCGCCCUGCUGGCCCUCGUCGUGCCCGCCCUCCUGACCCUCUAUCUCCUCCUCCACCUGCUCGCCCCCAAGCCGCGCGCCCCCAUCGCAUCCGAGAAGACGUAUGUGACGUCGGCCCCGGACGGCAGCCGCAAGACGGCCCAGCUGCCGUGCUGGUACGACCGCUGGCUCGCCGAGCACCGCCGCGGUGUCGCCGUCGCGGCCACAGCCCCCGGCGGCUCCUCCGAGUCCGCAUUCGUCGACCCGGGCAACAUCGAGCCCGCCGAGGUGGCCGUCACGGUCGUCGUGCCGGCCUACAACGAGGAGGACCGCAUCCUGCCGACGCUGCUCGAGAUGGUCGGGUACCUCGACGCCAACUUUGGCCGCCACCCGACGGCCCCGGCCCCGGCCCCAUCCUCGCCGACCGCCGCGCUGCUGAGCCCGCGCCUGGCGCAUAAGAAGCGCCAGGUGCCCGCGGCCCGCGAGUCCGUGACAGCCGGCUACGAGAUCCUGAUCGUCAACGACGGCAGCCGCGACCGCACCGUCGAGGUGGCGCUGCAGUUCGCGCGCGAGCACGGCCUCCACGACGUGGUCCGCAUCGUCUCGCUCGAGCGCAACCGCGGCAAGGGCGGCGGCGUCACGCACGGGUUCCGCCACGCCCGCGGCGAAUACGUCCUCUUCGCUGACGCCGACGGCGCCUCACGCUUCAGCGACCUCGGGAAGCUGAUCGAGGGCGUCGAGGAUGUGGUCGACGGGUCCAUGCGCGGCGUCGCCAUCGGCAGCCGCGGGCACCUGGUCGGGAGCGAGGCCGUGGUUAAGCGCUCGGCCCUGCGCAACUUCCUCAUGAAGUCGUUCCACUUCAUCCUCAUGAUCCUCACGCCCCCGGCCACGUCGCGCAUCCGCGACACGCAGUGCGGCUUCAAGCUCUUCAGCCGCGCCUCGCUGCCGCACAUCAUCCCCUACAUGCACUCGGAGGGCUGGAUCUUCGACAUUGAGAUGCUGAUGCUGGCCGAGUCGGCCCCCGCCACCCCCGUGCUCGCCAGCGACGGCUCCGUCAUCGGCACCAGCCCGGGCAUCAAGGUGGCCGAGGUCCCCAUCGACUGGCACGAGGUCGACGGCUCCAAGAUGAGCCUCAUGAAGGACAGCAUCAACAUGGCCAUCGGCCUCGCCGUGCUCCGCGCCAGCUGGAUGUUGGGCGUCUACCGGCGUCGCCUCACCUGAUCUGUUUUUUUAUCGUUGCUUUUUUUUCUUUGAGAAAUUUUUCUCGUGACUACUAGGGACUUGUCUCAUUGCAUUGCAUGGUGUGAGUUACGGGGGAAAAAGCAGGUAGGUCCUGGGGAAUCUUGCAUGGCUGGUCAAACCCGGAAUCAGGGUGGCCGAGGGGCGUUACAGAACCAAAAUCGAGACACCUACGGUAUCCGGUAGAUAUUGUAUAACAUCUCUUGUUCUUUCCAUUGCUCGAGGUCACUAGAGUUUUAUAGUGGCCGAAUUCACAUCAUCACGGAUAAUCUCUUUGGUUCUUCCAAUGGUGGUAUAAAAGACAUGAUGAAUCCUCCAACUCCCGUAUUUUUUUGUCCCAACGCAGCAAAAUCAAACAAACCCAGCAAACACGACCUACCGAAACUG